AUGGCCGAGCGCGGCACCGAUUCUGCUCAGGCCUCUUGGACCUUCUUAAUAUGGCGAUCCACCCACCCAGACUCACUUCCUCCCACCUACCCCAAACGGGAAAAGGCGGGGCCACGUUGCGCGUGCGCGUUGGCCCCGGGGAGUGCUCUUCGACGCCAUUUUGCGUGGCCGCCGGGCGGGCACACGGCUGUUUCCGGGUUGCAGGCCCCGGAGCAGAGAGAGAAAGAGAGAGAGAAGACCAGAGAGGCAGAGGAGCUUGUGGGUAAGCGAAGAGGGCUGCGAAAUCUACAACGGGGGGCGGCUGGUUGGGUGUGGGAUACGUGGCCUCCUUGAGAACCCUUUGGUUGGGUGGGUGGGUGGGCGGGCUGCGCUUUGACAUUUGACCCGUGUUCCUGCGGAGGUCACGGGGCUGGGGAGUGGGCGAGCAGGGGCGGGGUGGAGAGAGAGGGCUCGGCGGUGAGGGGCCAAAGGGAUGGCGGGAGGAGGAAGCCCAGCAGGAGGGACUGGGAACAGCGGGGAGAAGAGGGGUGGGCUCCAUUGGCCUGUUGUUGAAGGGGGUGGGCGAUUUGGUAGGAGCCCCUGGGCGCUGGGGGUGGUGAGGGGGAAGAGGAGGGGUUUCUGGGGUGAGCAAAGGUGAGAGGAUACUUUGAUUCGUUGACUAGGAGAAAUUUAGUAUAAAGAAAGGGGCCUGGAAGGAGGAAGAGGAGGAGGAGAGAUUGGUAAAUUGUAUUUAAAUUUUAUUUUCCCCCAGUGUCGCCGCUUGUUUAGGUACUGGGGUUAUUUCAAGCCAGGGGUUGCUAGAGAGGAGUGCGGGCGGGGGGGAGAGACCCUUGGUGUGUGUACAGGCUGAGGAUAUUGGGAGGGUUACGCAUGCGAGAAUUUAUGGGAGAGGUGGGUCAAGAGCAUUGCGGGGCUUGGUUAGCCCGGUUUGAAAUAUUGUAGUUGGUGUUGAGCAGGUGCUUUCCGGGGAAGGGGUGUGUUGCAGCGCCAGAGGUUUUUGUCUGCGGGUGAUUGAGGAUUUAGACGUAAGCUGAACAGGUGAAGCAGAUAAAUAUGUGGUGGUUUAUGUAUCUGGGUGAUACAUUGAGGGUGAAUAAAAUAGGAGCAGGUGACAAACUGUCAGGAGGGAGGGAGGUUUACAUAAGCUGCUGUGAAUUUUGUGAGGGCUAUACAUGAUAUACUUUGCUGCUGAAAUGGUGGCAUGGAGAAGUAUCUGUGGAAGGGGGCUAGGUUAUUUAGAGGGUGAUUGAGGGUGUGGCAUUGAGGAAACUGCCCUUUUUCUUCCUUAUUCUUCUAAGUUGCUGGAUGUUGAGGGUCAGACACAACAAGAACUGGUGACGAGGAGGGAUAUGAGUUUCUUUGGAGUGUCACCCAUAAUAUUUUGUUCUUAAGCUUCAAAUGAGGUACUCGAAACUUAGAUGCGUACAAAGAUUGAGGGAGUUUUAGUAUGUCCUCUGAAUAUGAGCUGAAUGCGCUUGGAAUCUGACAUGCUUACAGGCAAACUGCAUCUGCUUAAUUCCCAAAGCCCCCUAUUCCUUUUUGCUCUCUUCCAAACCAGGGCCUCUUCCGGAUUAUAUGUUGUCUUUCCCUUUGCUGUAAAUGGCCUUUUGGGCAUAUGCUGGGUGUGGUCACCUUUUCGUUCCUCCUUCAGAGGUAUGUGUUGUCAGUCAGUGAAUAACUUUAGUUCAAGGAACUGUGCACUCACCUUUCUGCAGGUGGAGUUGCCUUCCUCGGUUGCUUUCCUUAGAAUGUUAUCAGUGCUUUUCUGACUGUAGUAUUUGUUCACUAAAUGUGUGGUUCUCAAAACUCUCAACAUACUUGGAAGUGGAGAGUGCAGAAAUACCUGCAAGUUAGGAGGGGUGGGAUUAUGUAUUAAGGCAGCGUGCUGGCAUACAGCUUUCUCACUGAACAGUUGUUUGCAUAUACCUUUUCCCCAUAGAGCUUUCUCUUUCCAUUAGAUUUCUCCUUCAUUGCAGUCCUUGCUCACUGGGGAUCAUGUUCUGCUUCGGUUCUAUGAUGGCUUGCUGGAGUAAAAUGAUGGAUUUGGGCAAUUUAUAAUUUUUCAGCUUCCCUAUACAGUGGUACCUCGGGUUAAGAACUUAAUUCGUUCUGGAGGUCCUUUCUUAACCUGAAACUGUUCUUAACCUGAAGCACCACUUUAGCUAAUGGGGCCUUCUGCUGCUGCCACACCGCUGCUGCACGAUUUCUGUUCUCAUCCUGAAGCAAAGUUCUUUUUUUAAAAAAAUUAAUAUUUAUUAAAGUUUCAGAAAAAAUAAAAUCACAUUAAUAAACACAAAUUUUUUUAAACAAAAACAGAGAAAAAUACACAAAAUACAAAGUACCGAAUAGAAAAAGGUAAAAAAAGAAAAAAAGAAAAAACAGUUAAAAAUAAUUCCGUCCUUUCAUAACCUCUUUUGAGUUUACUUGUUUCUCGGACUUCCUCAUACCCCCCUCUUUUGUAUUCCAUUUCACUUUGUAAACCCAGCAAUUUCUUACCCUCCUUUUUAAUUCCAGUCCUAAAUCUUGAUAUAUUAUGACAUUAGAUUUUUACCUAUUUGAACCCAUUUUUCCAUUUCUCUUAGUCUUUUUGGUCCUAAUCCUUAAUUUUGAUACAUUUAUAGCCUUAAAACCUGUUCAGCUAGAAGCCACUUAACUUCAAUCCAACAUCACUCUAACAUUCAUUGAUUUUGCAGUGUUUCUGUAAAUAAUCUUUAAAUUUCUUCCAAUCUUCUUCCACCCUGAAGCAAAGUUCUUAACCCGAGGUACUAUUUCUGGGUUAGCGGAGUCUGUAACCUGAAGCGUCUGUUACCCGAGGUACCACUGUAUUCUAAAUUGGAUAUGGUCCUUGGCUUUGCAAAGCAUUGUGCGUUUUAAGACUGCAAUGUAACUUGUUCCUGUUGCGGUCAACAUUGCAUGGCACUCCUGGUUUGCAUGUCUUGCCCUCUUAAAUGUGUUGCUAUUUGCAUGCCUGUGGUGGGUAAUUGUCAUUCCAAAAUGUGUGGAACCUUCUUUGAAGUUUUAUAAAACAGGACAGAUUGCACAGUUAUCUGUCAGGGAUUACUUUUGGUACAGGAUACCCUGUAAACAUGAGAAGGCUCUACUGCAGAGAUGGGGAAUCCAGUGCUUUCUAGACGUUGUUGGACUCUCUAAUUCCCAUUAGCCCCAGUCAACAUGGUCUGUAGUUGGGGAGGAUGGGAACUGUAGUCAUGAAAAGCAUCAGGAAGGCUCCAUGUUCCCUGUUCUGCCCACCUGGAUAAUCUAGUUUGGUCCCAGUUCUGGGUUUGAUUCUAGCACCUGCCUGCCAGAGUAUUGUUCUUUGUUCUUGUGCUGGCCUGACCGGUGACAGGGCCUUUUCAGACCCUGGAAUGCCCUCCUUAGUGAGGUGUGUUCUCUCUCAUGAUUGAUGUUCACGAGAAAUUAAAAAAAAAUUCUGUUUACCAAAGCAUUUGAUGACAGAAGGAAACUGUUGCUGACAACCCUGAUCACUGAUUGUGAAUGUUUUUAACUUUUAAAGAAUGUUUUUAAAUUGCUUUUAGAUUUUAAAAAUAUGUUUUGCCAUUACUGUGUCAGCUGUCCUGGGAUGUAAAUCCAAUAAAUAAAAUAAAUAUUGGUGCCAGUUCUGGAAUGAUGCAUGUGUUUCUUUUCUGAGCAAUAACUACAGUAUCUCCUUUCUACAUGCUGCUUUCUCUGCCUGUAGUCUUGUCCUUGGCCUUUCCAUUUUCCAUCUUCCAAAAUCUGUUGUUGUAUAGAGAUGCUAGUCCUCCUUGUUUCUGAUUAUAGUAGGCAGAAGAGUGGAGCAAGAGACAGGCCUCAAGGUGAUUAAACUUGAUUGUGGGGUUCUGGCCAGUGUAAUUGGUACAACACUGAGAAGGGAGGCCAAUUAUUCCAGCAGGUCUUUAGGAACUGACUGGGAAAAGGGCUCAUGCUGUGAUGUUUUGUUUUCUUCCACUUAGCUAUAUUUUCAAAUAUAUAUUUUUGUAGUGUUUCAGUUCUGUAAGUGUUUCAUUACUUUUAACGUCCAUAUUUUCUGUUUUAUCCUGUUUUAUUUGUAAGGCACCUGGGGUAAGGCAGGAUAAUAAUAAGAAGAAAUACUAUGGGAAGGAUGCAUUGGAUAGGGUCAUUUAAACAUUACCUCAUUGAUACAGAAGCCACUUAUGGAAAAGCAGAUUGGCUCCAGUAAUUUUUAAAGCAGGGGUCAAUAAAUUUGUGGCUUUCUAGAUGUUCACCUUUAUAGUAUGGCCAGCGACCCGGGAUGAUGGGAGUUGUAGUGCAGCAACAUCUGGAAGGCCACAGGUUCCCCCACCCUGGUUUUAAGGACCCCUGACUUGAUUACGUUUGGCAUGCCACUCACAGUCUCUGUUUCCCCUAUGAUAAGGUAAAGGUAAAGAACACCUGGAUGGUUAAGUCCAGUCAAAGGUGACUAUGGGGUUGCGGUGCUCAUCUCGCUUUCACGCUGAGGGAGCCGGCGUUUGUCCACAGACAGCUUUCUGGGUCAUCUGGCCAGCAUGACUAAACUGCUUCUGGUGCAACUAAACACUGCGACAGAAACCAGAGCACACGGAAACAUUGUUUGCCUUCCUGCCACAGCCGUACCUGUUUAUCUACUUGCACUGCCGUGCUUUCAAACUGCUAGGUAGGUUGGCAAAAGCUGGGACAGAGUAAUGGGAGCUCACUCUGUUGCGUGGAUUUGAACUGCCAACCUUCUGAUCAGCAAGCCCAAGAGGCUCAGUGGUUUAGACCACAGCGCCAUCCAUGUCCCCUAUAUAAGUCUGUUUCCCCUGUAUGCAAUAUGGGAAUAUUGAUGAUGUUUUUGGAGAUAGCUAAAUUCUAUAGGCAUAUAAUACAUAAAAAUGUGCUUCCUGGAGAAAAAGUUUAUUAAAUACCAUUUUGGCUGGUAUUGGAUGAUAUUCAGUGCUAGUGCUACUCAGAGUAGACCCAUUGAAGUUAAUGUAUGUAACUGGUUCAUUAAUUUUAAUGGGGCUAAUCUCACCCAGAACUUAUCUGAAUACAACUCAUUGUAUCCAUUCAAUACGUUGCUAAUUGGAUUUCUAAAAUAGUUCAUUUUUAGACAAAAAGAAUUCUGCAGAAAAAUAUAGCUGUUUCUGCGGAAUUAUCCACCCCAAAGUACUGCAUUAAAUAAGCUUGGAUUGUUUGCUGUAUUAAGUGUGCAUACAGCAGAACCGUAACUUAUGAAUGCCUGAGGGAUGUUAGCUUUGCAUGAGGUACCUGUAAAAUAUUACACCAAUCCACCGCUUCACAUUGUGCAGCUUGCUGUACACCUUCCCCCUUGUAAUGACUCAGGUACUUGACAAAAUCAAGUGAAACCAACAAAACAAUAUUCUCACUAAACCAGUGACUUUCAAAUGAUGUUCUGGGGAGCCCUGGGUUUCCUUGGAAGCUUAUAGCAGAGAUUCCUCAAAGAGUAAAUCAAGACUAGCAGACAGGGUUCCCCGAAAGGCAGCUUACCAACCACUGCUGAUUAUCCCUUAAUACACAUCUGCAGGUGAGUAUUGGGUGUGUUCCAGGCGCUCUCCUACAAUGAAGUCUGACAAGCCUGGGAAGCACUUUCGUGGACUGAGGAUCUGCCUUGAACAUCUUUCAAUCCUCUGCAACGUGCAAGGAUUUCUUGGGGGAAUGGUGGCAGACAGGGCAGUGUGGAAGUGAUUUACAGAGAUGUAGAAAGCUUGCUAACUACUACCUUGAGCCAGAACUAGCUUUGGUUAUACCAACAAAAAACUAGCCCUCAAAUAAGAUUCCUAUAGUACUUUCCAUCUCUUACUGCAUAAUGUUUCAUGCACUAGAGCCUGCAUCAUUGGAUAUAGAAGGGGCUUUCUGCAUUGUGGAUAAUAGUCAUUUAUGUAAAGGUAUGCAUAGGGAACAGUCGGCUUACAGUGUAAGGUGAUUUCAAGGUGGCUUUCUUUUAAAAUAGCUGUGGUGCCUGGAAAUAAUAUGUUGCUGUUAGGUAAAGCUCAAGUAAAUUGUGGAGCUGGAGAAGGUGAAAAUCCUGAUGAAACCUCUUAAACAGCUCCUUAUUAAUUAACUUAGAAACAAGUCAUUAAUAUAUUGAGGCAUAUUAAGUGAGGCGGAUGGUAACUUUUCAGGAAGCACUGUUGUAUGUCAGCCGUAACAAGUUUGCAUAGUGUAGUGAUGUGUGUGCUCAUUUCUCCACGAAUGUAAUGGUAGCUGUGCAUGAGGAUUAAGCACCACAGUGGUGGUAUGAGCUGUUCUGUGUGGAAUGAUCAUGAUUGCCUGAAAUCCAUUCACAUGGCCAUCUAGGCAUGUCAUGAUUCAGUAUGUAUGGUGGUCGUUAUGAUUCUUCUUAGGAAUUUCCGCAUGUUACCCUCCUUUAUAGCACUGAUUUUCGCAACCCCUGGCCUAUGAAUUUUUGGUACCAGACGAAAAGUGUCAAAGGGUUUUUUGUGGGGUUGUAAUCAUAGUUCUGCCUCAUAUUGGUAGACAAAAUCCUUAAGAGCGAUGGUAAUUUUGGGCUAAUGCCUGAGACUGAGGGCAGUCUAUGUAACAGUCUAGUCUGGGAUUGUGUUGAUGGGUUUGGAUCACUGAGUAGCUGUGUGUGAGGGAAAUGAAUUCACAGGUUGUGAAAGAGUGACUCAAGGUCACCACACACCUAUGAUAUGUCAGGUUUAGGGCGGAAGGAUGGGCCACGAGGCCGUAUAAGUGCUCUUCUCGAGUGAAUUGUGUGGCUUGAUAGGUUAACGUUAUUUAGAGCAUUUUGAUUCCUUUGGCGCUUUCUCAAGUUUUAAUCAAUCUCCUUCUUGAGGAAUAUGAAGUGGAUGUUACAUUUCCCCCUGUGUUUGAAUAUAUACUGAUGACAUCAGAAUAAAUUGAUCCACUGAAGUGUGUGCUUGCAUCCUUUAUUUUAAGGAUAGAUUUAGUUCUUAUAAGAACAAGUAUGAACAGCACUGAUGGUUUGCAUUUCUUUCCUGUUCUGUAAUUGUGGGAGAAGGAGUCAUUACUUGAAUGAUUUCAGUUUAACAACUGCUAAUGUAGUUUAAUUCCUGCUCAUUUCAGGAAAAAACCCCACUGUAUACUCCUCCUAGGACUUGGGAAUGCUGCUAGGGACUGUAUGUUUAUUCUCUGACAUCAAAAAGUAUGUACCUUCACAGUUAAGGUUGGACACCUUCUCCUUCGUGUGCUGGCUUUUCACAGGUGUGGAGCUUUUAUGACCGAGUAUUCAACCUUUUCUCCUCUCCUUACAUUCUGAAAUAUACAGUCUGCAAAGUGCGCUUUCUGAGAUUGGGUCAACAAAUGUGGCAGAAUAAGGUGAACUUUUCCACUUCAGAAUGCUGGUGGGGAUAACAUUUUUUUUAAUGCUUCCCCCUGUGUGAAACAACACCCACUCCCUGGAAAUAGAAAACAAGCAAAUUUUUUAGCCUAGCUCUUUGCUUGCUAUUCUGUUUUUAUAUUUUCAGGGAUCUUUUCCCUUAGGAGAGCAUAAAAAAUGUGACGCACGCCCAUACAGUGGUACCUCGCAAGACGAAUGCCUCGUAAGACGAAAAACUCGCUAGACGAAAGAGUUUUUCAUUUUUUGAGUUGCUUCGCAAAACGAAUUUCCCUAUGGGCUUGCUUCCCAAGACGAAACGUCUUGCGAGUUUGUUUCCUUUUUCUUAAAACCGUUAAUACUGUACCAAGUUUGAAGCGGGAACUGGGCUGGCAGGGAGCGAGCGAGGGAGCGACCUACCUUUUCCAGUUUCAGCCUUGGGGAAGGAGAGCGUCUUGCUCCGCGAAUGAACGCAAGGCAAGAAAAGAGCGGGAGCAAAUCUCUUCCAAGCGCGAUCGCGAGCACGACAAUUAGUCCUGAGUUCCGAGCAGAGGAACCCGAUACGAGAGAGAGAGACUCCGGAGACAGAGUGUGUGCGUAAAAGCGCACGAAAGAAAGACUGCAGAAGGAGCCAAAGAACAAAUAACGGACUUGGGCGCAACAGAAGCGGGAUCUAGCAGAACGACGCAGAGGGAUCCUCUUCUGGAGAGGGCACAGAGGAGGCAGGUGGGCUGGGAUCCAGCGGAUCUGGCUGGGUCUCUGCACCGCCUCUGCCUCUCUCUCUCCUCCCCUCCCCACGUGGCUGCUCCAUUUUGCCCUAACUGCGCGAAGGCAGGAGGAGGGGGACGGAGGAGGAGGAGGCAUCCACUGCGCUUGGGCCGCCGCGAAGGCGCCUUUGCAGGGGUGGGAAGAAGCCGGGAGCAGCUGCCGAGACUGUGGGGAGCCCGGCAGCGUGGCGCAAGGUAACGGGGGGAGCAAGGGAGAGUCUGCGCCGGGCGCUUCGUGAGUCCGCCCUCGGUUCCUGGGCUCGAACUUCCUUUGGCACCUCGUGGAGAGAGAGGGAGAGGAGCGGGCUGGGGCUUUGAUGUGGGACGCGGUUUGGCGGAGCGAAGACGCGGCAAGGCUUGGCGACAGAGGAAGGGGGGCUUUUUUCGUGGGGAGGUGGGAGGGGGUAGGGGGUGUCGUUGCCUCUUCCCGGCAACAGAUCCUCCAGGCUGGGGAAACUCCUCCUGCUGGGGAGCGACCUGCUUUGUGCUUUGCCCGCUAUCCCAUUAUAAAAGGAGUACUGUAAUAAUGUUCAUAAUACAGUACCAGGGUGCAUCCGUGCUUCGCAAGACGAAAAAUCCGCAAGACGAAGAAACUCACAGAACAAAUUAAUUUCGUCUUGCGAGGCACCACUGUACACCGCACACAAGAUACCUGCUGUCCAUUCUACUGAAUGAAUAAAGGAGGGAAGCGGGAGCAUGGAUUGUUGUUUGAAGAACAUGUCCUUGUACCUUGGAACAGUUAUUUAAAUGUUGUCAGAGUAUAAAAAGAUAAGUCUGCUCUGCCCCUUUUCAGGGUCCACCAUAGAGAGGAAGCGAUAGCAUCUUCUUCUUCAGAAAACCAAAUGGAGGAAGGCCUUGCUUGACUGAACACAAGCAGCCUUGUGAGGAAUACAUUCCUGCGUAUAAAGAAUGCUUAAGCAGAAAGUCUGUGCACAUCGUAAUCCAUGCAGAAGUAUCUAGCACCGUUUAUAUUCCUGCCAAAGGUAGUGUGGGAAAUGCCGUGUAUAACUAAUGUUUGAAAAGUCUGUCCUAUUCUGCAGAUUCCUUGUAGAUCUUGGAAAGAGUCUUAAUGUAAAAUACGGAAACGGUGUGAAUGAGCAAAAAUAUUAGAAGUGAGCGAGCCAGCUUGUUUGCUCCGUUUUGUUGCUGCCCUAACAUUUUGUGUAAAAGGAGACCAGGCAACAAAGAGCACUAAAUUUGGAGUGGGUGGAGGAAGCAGGUGCUACUUCCUUGAAGUGUUCCCCCUUUCCCCUCAAUAUUUGGUUUAGGGUGUUCCUUGCAAGAUGCUGUGGGUUUUGGCACCUGCAUCCCAAAGUCCCCAUUUAACCUUUCUCAGGCCAUGCUUGAGAAGCCGUGUCUGUUCAUGCGGCGCCUCUCCCAGCCUGUGGCAAUGUUGCCAAUCCAAUCAUCCCUUUGUGUCGCAAGCUGAUUCAAUUUAAGCCACGGCGGUGCCCUACUUGGCGUGUUCAGAUCAAUGUGAGAGCUUUCUCUUGGGCCCUGCCACCUUAGCUUGUCUCCUACAGCACUUCCAUCAUGGGCUGGUUUUGUCUUCCGGCUUGGAAGGCCCAUCUCCCACAUGUUUCUAGCAUUCCAGGUCUGUACGUCAGCCUUCCAAAAAAUAAAGUAAAAUGGUGUGUUUUUAAGAAAUGCCAGAUGGCCCCCACACUUGUCCCUAGAUGUUACAAGGCAGUUUCAGGUAAGGAUCCAGUCAGUUACUCGCCCUGGGCAGGAGGUUAAUAGGAAGACUGCUAUGACCUAGUCAUGUCUUCUAGGUAUUUUCGCAGCUCUUAUUAUGCAGUUGUAAGAAAUUUGCCUCAACUGUCCAUUCAGAUAGCAUUCUUAACACUCUCCAUACUACAGGCUUUGGGGGAGAAGGUCAGUGAUAUGUUAAAGUACUGUAAUGUGUGUUGAUUUUGAUAAUUGUACUUCACCUUAUUAAUGCUGCUCCUUUUACUGGUUUGCAUAUGCACUAAUUACAUUACCACCACUGUUUUCUGGCCUUGUUGUAGCUGCAGUGUUCUUAAAAGAAUGGUUAGCAUGUGCCUGGACUACAGGAUUGGUACCUGGGGAGGAGGGAUGUGUACCCUGUUCAAAUAUUUGAGAUACAGCAGGAGCAGAUAUGGCAGUGGGGGGCAGACAAGCCAUUCCAGGGAAAGGGAGAUGAGAGACAUAAAAGUUGCCCGCUUUCCACUACCUCCCCCACCCCCUUGAGUUACCCUAUCAACAGAUGUUGCUGCUAAAUCACAUCAUUACAGUCGUACCUUGGAAGUUGAACGGAAUCUGUUACGGAAGUCCGUUCGACUUCCAAAAAGUUCGGAAACUAAAGCACGGCUUCUGAUUGGCUGCAGGAAGUUCCUGCAGCCAAUCGGAAACCACCGAGGCCCCGUCAGACGUUCAGCGUCCAAAAGAAGGUUCGCAAAGCAGAACUGUCACUUCCGGGUUUUGAUCGUUUGGGAGCCAAAACGUUCGACAACUAGGCUGUUCGACUUCCAAGAUACGACUGUAUUAUUAUUACUAUUAUUAUUAGCAGCAGCAGCAGCAGCUAAUAAAGAACAUAACAUUUUCUAAGCAAUGUACAGAUGACGAAAAGAUAAGACCCAGGCCAAAGCUUCUCAAUGUUAAAGGAAAAAGGAACAGAAGAGAAAAAGAAAACAAUGGAGUUUAUAUAUGGGAUCAGCUUGGUCCAGGAGAUGGGGCAUAUGAAAUCUCCAGUGGCUCCUGUUCCCUGACCAGGAGCAGAGCCCAGGGCAUGCCUGCUUCUAUCUAGCACUUGAUCCUGGCAUGAAUUAUCAAGGCAUGGAUAGACAACUGGACAGACUGGAGGGCUCAGGAGGGGUGUGUGAUUCAUCAGGAUGUAGUCUUCCUCUCUAGGGUACCUGUGUUUAUACCUGGUGUGGAGCAGCAGUUUGGUAAAUUCCCCUGAGGACAUUCUCACCAAAGGUAGAAAUACAUUCCAUUAUGCUGACCACAUUGCCAACAUUUUGCAGAAGAUGUUUUUACUAUAUGAGGUAAUCUUACGGUGGUAUAAUGCCCCCCCAUACUAUUUUGAGCAUAGCUCUUUCAGCCCUUACAGAAUUAUUGCAAAUUCCCCCUGCAAUCAGUCAUUUGCGGCAUCUCCUAGGUCACUUUCCCAACACUCUUUUAGGUCACGAAACACAAAUGUUCUGUAUCGUUUAGAUGUCCAUCCUCUCAUGUUAACAAACAACACUUGAAAGUACAAGCUGUUCAAAAUCUUUGAGAGUGAGGGCAGCUUGAGCCUAUUUCUUGUUGUGAUAUAAAAGAGGUGGUUUGUUUCAACACCAGCCAAUUACAUCCCAGGGUUCCAAGUUUCUCCUGCAACACCCUUCCUCCAAGUGGCUCAGAGUUUCAAGUAAAAUUCAUUUAAAUGAUAUAAACCUUUCCCCUACCCCAGCCAUAACAAUACUGAAGCCUGUUCUUAUUAAAAGGGGGGGGAGGACAUUUUCAUCCUGUAUUUGCAUGCCCAUUGAAAGAAUAGCAUCUCUUGAAAUUUUCAUAUUGUGUGUUUCUUCCAUUUGAACCCAUGCCUUUCAUGUAUCGCUAGUUAUUAGGGAUGUAGCCUGCCUUAACUCAUUGGCUUCAUAAUACAGGUUAAUUUUUGGUGUUUCCCAACCACCUGUUUUGCCUGUUUCAUACAGAUUGGAUUUAUUCACCCAAGCCUUUUUAGAUCCUGAUAUUUCAAUGGCCAAAUUUGGGCUGAAAAAUUGAAAAGAGAUAAUAACUUAGGCAGACAAGACAUAUUUUUUUUUUACGGAAGCAGUUUUUCCCACUAUGGAAAGAUUAAAGGAGGUCCACCUUCUAAAAUUACUUUUAAUUUUUUUCUACCAUCAGGGUGAAGUUGGCCAGAAAUAGUUUCUUUAGGUUCUUGGUUACCCAAACUUCUGAACAUUGUAAGCUUUAUGACUGGUCCUUCCAUCAAAGCUAUUGUCUCUUUGUGGAAUACAGAAAUGAGUUUCACAAAUGACACAGUACAAUAUAUUUGUAACUGUUCCAUGCUUAUACUUGGAUUUCAUAAGUCACUUCAAAUAUAGGCUGCGAGAGGGUAUGCAGCUGAGAUUAAAGCAAAAUUUUUGUUGCCAUUGCCAUUUUGCAGCCUGGUGACUGAGGCAGAGAGAAAGGACUUGGUGAGCUCAUGGUAGAUGUAGAAUUUUGUUUGGGGACAUCAUGGCACAUAGUUCAGUCCCUUAGUCCCCAUGCAACACCAGCUCCUGAGGGGGGAAGUUCUGUAAUUGAGAACUGUCAGUGGGAUGGCUCUUGGCAUGUCAUUGCUGUCCAAAUGUGUUGUUUUAAGUGGCAUUCAGAGGAUGCUCUUGGCUGAUCUUGGUAAAGUAUAGGAAAGGCAUAAUCUGCUGGCCCAGUCCCUUAGCUGGGUGCCUUUAUUUGAAGUCUCACCCAGUGCUUUCAGACCACAGUUAGCAUUGUUAACAGGUGUUAGCAGUUUGGGGAACUGAGAGUGCUUGGGUGAAUAGUGAGCUCUAGGAAGAGGUUAAAGCAGGGGUAGGCAACCUAAGGCCCAUGGGCAAACAAGCAGCCCACGGGGGUCGUUUAAUUGGCUCCUGAGCUGCCCCCGAACCAAGCCGUCCACUCAGCAAGUCCCCAUGCGCUGCGCUAAACUAGCGCUGUGUGGGGACUCGCUUCUGCGGUGCCAGAAAUUGUGUCUGCACAGACGCAGAUGCCGGAAAUUGUGGCCAUGCGUGAUCCAGCCCACGGAGGGAUCUCUGCUGGAGUGAACCAGCCCAGGUGAGGUAAAUCUUGCCGACCCCUGGGUUAAAGCCUGCUCCCCAUGUCUGAGAGAUCACUGCCCCCAUGUUGCUACUACCUAUUAAAUAGCUGUUAAUAGCUAGAAGAGAGAGGAGGCGUUUCACCAAUACUGUACAGUUUUGCUGCGUUUAUCACUCUCGCUGCUGCCAUUCACAGAAAGUUGCAUUGUGGGAGUAAACAUGUUUGCUUAGUUCCAUUUAGGGCAUAUGAGGCACGCAAAAGGCGACCAUUGUUAGGAAAGUAAUUGUCAAUAUCGUAAAUGCUGGGCAGAGAGAAAACAGCAUCUUGUUUUUGCAAUAAUGAGGGCGAUUAUAUCUGGCUCGCUGUGUUUCUGGGAAGUUAAUGAGCCAGGGCAUCUGUUAUGAUUAAAUCACUUCUAUUCCCACAGUAGCAGUGCUACAGCAAAAUAAAAAUAAAUAAAAAUUCCAACACAAGUCACUAGUAAGCUUCAACAUGGUGACAUAGUACCUUGGGGGUCAUCUUUGGCACCUUCAAUGUGACCAGCACAUUGUGAUACAGGCAUUUACGCAUGUUCAUUAUGUGCGCAAUUGCGCACAUGCGCAUCACGCCAAAACCAGAAGUGACAUGAAAAUGUCACAAAAGGGGCAGAAUGGAGUGUUUGUAUACCUUUUCAAUGGUGUUUCAAAUAUACGCGACUUCACUCGGUGCUUUUUGUAAAUUCUAAAUCCUUCCCCUCUAAAUUCAGAUCCUUCCCCUCCACCCCAGUAAUCAUGUGCACAGUUUAAUCACCAAAUUUUCACAAGCAAAAAGCAGAGGAGACUCAGGCAACUUGCUCCACAGUUGCUUGAUUCAGUGUUUUGCUUAGAAAAAAAGUCAGUGUUCUACUACAUACAGCAAGUGAAGCAAUGGGACAAACUCCACCAGUCAAUCAAGGGUUUUUCAUGCUAGGCAUAGCUUCGGCUAUCUUUGCCAGCUUACAUGUCUUGCAGCACAUGCAUUCCCAGAGACUGCGUGAUUAAUUGAGUGCUUGCUGCCUUUGGACCAGUCACUUCCCAUCCUCCUCAGGUGACCAUGCUUUGAAACUAUCACACCGCCCCCAUAACAUUGUAGUCACAUCAUGGGCAUUGCGUCUUUGCAUGCUUGUAAACCCAAGUGUGACUGCACACUGGGAUGAGAGUCGGAACAGGAAUGGAAUCGGAGAGGCAGAGCUUCAGUAGAUGAAACAAACUAAAUUGUGUUCUCUGACUUCUUGAUUGAAAGCUCCUAUCUUGGGUAUGUUUUAUUUUCCAUCCAAUUUUAUUCCCUUUCAAGUAGUUGUGAGGAUCUUUUAGUACUUUCAUUGUACAAUGCUAAGAACUUUUUUUUAAAAAAGGCAUGACUCAGUGGUGGCAAAUAUCUAGCCUUGGGUGUACAUAUCUCUGAUUAGAUUGCUUUCCUACUGAAUAUGUUAGUAUCUAGCAUUUUUAUUCCUAAAUUGGAGAUCUGAGUAAAUAAGGGGAUCUGAUAUUCCAGGCAGAGAAAAGAAGCUCUCUGAGGACAGCUGCAGGUUAGGUUAGACUGCCUGUCCUUUGGGCACCAGUAAACUUGUAGACGUUGACCACAAGUAACGAGGCAGAGGAUGCAUAGAUCCUGGUAGCAUGAAAUACUUUCAACAACAGCUGGUUGGGGCAAAGACGUCUGACAAUGAAUCAACAUUUGUUUAAUCGGGUUGCAUUUCUAAUAUCUAGCCUGUUCUAAACAAUAAAAGGUAGAGGCGCCCGAUUUGCAAACAAGUGGGGACGGGAAGAAGGAAAAUAAGCAGUGGAAUAGAAGCAUGUAUAUUCUUGUGGAGUAUCGCCCAGCCAGCUUUAAGGGAGACCGACUUAUAGGUCAAACAAAAUAUCACUGGUCCAAAAAGAACAAACAAAGAACAUUUACCUAACAGUAGGGAGAGUGUUUCCAUUUCAUUAAUGGUGUGAAACAUGGUGGCAGCACUUCUCCAGGUUGAUCUCUUUGAAGGCUCAGUCACUUUGCCAGAGUUUUGGAUGCUUGGCUGUGCAGUCUCUUGUCAACUGCCGCUGUCUUACCAGGCAGAGCUGAGAUUUCCAGUGAUGACUUCUAGACAGCCUGUCACAGUUUACGGAAGGUUGGCAGGUAACCACUAGACAGAUUGUCUGUAGCGAGCAGGAAUCUUCCUUAGAAGACCAAGUAGGAAAACCUGAACGAAACACUUCUUCCUUCAUCCCUUCUUUUUUUGGGGGACCACAAGUGACUAGCCAAGGGUGUGUGGAGGCAAACAGGCUGGCAAAACAUCCAAUAGGCUGGUGAUUUUAAUGACUUUAUUUGCAAGAGCUGUUUAAGGGUAGCCUGUGAGACCAUCUUUGCAAACUUGGCUUGUUUGCCGCGAGGUGCUAUGUUGCAUUUAACAUAGUGCAUUUAAUUCUCUGUUCCUCUACAGUCCUGUGUUUGUCAUUGCCGUACUUAGGGAAAGGACAGCAAAAUGAUUAUUUGAGAGGAAAUGCUCCUUCCUGCCACAUAGCUUGCACGCCGCUUUCAUGAAUGUUGAAAUUGGAGGUACCUAAUAUUUUCUGUUCCCUGGAUAUUUGGGACCAGAGGUAGGCAAGGUGCGGCCCUCCAGAUGUGAUAGUGGACUGCAGUUCCUAUCAACCUCUGCCAGCAUGGCCAGUGAUCAACGAUGCUGAGAGUUGUCGUCCAGCAACACCUGGAGGGCACCACUUUGGGAAUCUGUUUUAGGGGAAAUAGCUGAUGCAAGCAUCCUCUUUCACAUCUCUGUAUCCAUGAAGGUCAGAAGCAUUUCUUUAAAAACAAAGUUUUUUUCAGGUUUGGAAACUGCAGGUGCCCUAGAGCAUAUCCAGAAUAGAUGUGUGUUCUUGCAGCUUCUUUUAAUUUCACAUGUGGGAAACGUUCUUAGUGGAUUGUGCCUUUCGGCUGGGAAAUACCUACUUUUGCCUGCUCUUGUAGUGGUGGAGAUGCCUGGAGUUGCGGUCUCACAAGCUUUUUUCAUUCAGUAUUGGACUUGCUUUUUAGCCAGUAUUUUAAAAAGCUUCACACCUCCUCUGGCAGAGCUGGGGUUUGGCAAAGGUAUCCGGUCUCUUAAGUACUAUUAUGGGUUGCCUUGCAUGAGGGUUUCAGGGGAGUCAGCUUUCUUGGCAGCCCCUCCUUGGUUGGAGUUCAUCAGAACUCCAUUCCUCUGCUUUGCCUUGAGCUGCUGCAACUCCCUUCCUUGGACAGGCAGGUGCUGAAACCGGGUGCAUUCCACUAGCAUUAGACUGGCUUGUCUGUAAUAGUUCCGACUGGUAAUUUGAUGUCGUUGGGCUUGUGCUUCUGACAGGUAUCGGCAUUGUGUAUCUAGGGUGAAUCACACCCCUUCUUCCUGUAUCUGCUUCGUCCAAAGUAUUUCUGUGGUGACGUGGUGGUGGAUGUUUCUGCCUGUCAAUCAGGUUAUGCUGCGCCUGCUAUAGCACUACCAGCUAACGUAGUGCUGUAUUAAAACUGAACUCCUGUUCACUUUUCCAGGGUAUAGGUUGGCCUGCACUUAGGAGUGUCAGAAGCAUCCUUGCACAUUCUUAUUCCCAGUUAUGGGAUAUGAACAUGUCGAAUUCUUUGAUCCCCACCCUCCCUCACCAGACUUCAAGUGCUUUUGACCCUGGGAAUUUUCCAGGCUCACUUAUUAUAGUUGUGUUCACGAAAUAUAUUCACCAGGGGGCGGUUUUCAUUAUGAGUCAAUCUGCUCUACAAAUCGAAACUAGUUUUAUAUCACUUAAAUUGUCACGGCUUUCUUCGGAGAACUGUUGGAACGGUCGAUUUGGGAGAGUGUUGAGUAUGUUGUUAAGAGAUCUUUGGUCUCUUCACAAGACUAUAGUUGUCUGGGGUGGUUCCUUGGUUGGGAACCAUGGCCGUUAAAUGAGUUUCUUUCAAACCUGAUUAAAUUUGUGGUAUACCUAUGUUCAGAGUGUCACUUGUUAGGAGGCUGUUUACUGUACUUUUCCGUCUAUAAGAUGCCCCCAUGGAUAAGACGCCCCAUAUUUUUGGGGACUCAAAUUUCAGAAAAUGGGGGAAGAUUACACAGGGUUGUUCGGCUUUUUUUGGGGGGGGGGAUUGCCAUAAAUCGCUCACCUGCACAUGUCACAAAAUCCGCCUCCUUUCUGUCCCCUCGCCAGCAGAAGCUGCUGAUUGCCCGCCCAAUUGCCACAGUGUCAGCCAGUCAACACCACCCAUUGACGCAGCAACCAAUCACACACACAAUAACCGCUAACAGACGCAGCAGCAACCAAUCAAACGUCCACCCUAUUCACUAUCGAUGUAUAAGACGUCCCCAAUUUUUUAGCAAUAUUUUUCAGGGAAAAAAUAGAGUCUUAUACACGGAAAAGUAUGGUACCUCCGUAUGAGAAAGGGUUUUAAAAAUAAACAAGAAAACUAGAAAUCUGGGUACCAUAGCUAAAAUUCUGUAUAUCGUACAGAGGUAUGAGCACACUUGACUUCUACCUGCUACCACUCUUUUCCUUUAUCCUUCCAUUUUGUUGGCUAGUUCCGUGGCUUAUGCAAAAGAUGGUAGAGAGCAGCUCAGAAUGCCAGCAAUGGUAAAUGAUAGCACAAUAUAAAACAGCCCUUCCUUAAUCUUAUUCUGUGAACUGCCCUGAGACCUCCGGGUAUAGGGCGUAGUAAUGUUAAGUUCUCGAGAAUAUUCUCGACUAAUGAGAAUAUUAGAGAAUUUUCAUUUAAAAUAGGAGAACAUUCAUUUUACUGCAUUGAAAAUGAUAUAAUUAGUUAAUAUGCAUGUUUAUUCAUGGGUAAACUUGUUUAGAUGGCAACCAAAAACUGUACAGAUACUUUUAUUCAGUGGGGCAAUGCAUUGAAUUCACAGUCUUUGAUUUUUUGCACCAAACUUGAAUUUGAAAAUUCAGCGUGAAUGACUGACGUUAAUCACUAAGCCUGCCGCUAACUUACACUACUUACACUGGCAAUAUCACAGCUUGACUUAUUGUUUACUGGAUUUUUUAAAUGUGGAUUGUAAAACCAGUUCUUACAUUAGAACUUACAGUUUGUGGAGAAUAUUCUCUGGAGAAUUUUCUAGCAGAGAAUAUUCUCACCUCACAUCACUAUCAUCAUCAUCAUCAUCAUCAUCAUCAUCAUCAUCUCUGUUGAUAAUCCAGUAAAACGUGGGGUGGCUUUUUUGCGGGGGCGGGGGGAGAGUGGAAUACUUGAGUUGUCAUUUUUAUUUUUAAACUGCAUUUCACUUUUUCAGUUAAGGCAGAUAAUUUUGAUUUACCUGUUGCCCUCCAUGUGUGCCCCAAUGUUGUUUUGAAUAUGGUCUAUAUUGCAUGUGUGUCACCUGGGUCUGCAGCUUCAAAGCUUGCUUGCAGCGACCAUCGUUUCCCCUCGCCUCUAAAGCAUUUUAGUUCUUAUCCUGGUGUGUUGUUUAUUAUGCAGUGGUGCUCCUGCUUCUAUUGUGUUUAUUUUCUUAACUGCCUUGCAGUCACCUUGUAUGAAAUACUCUUUUUUUUUUAAUCAGCUGAAUAAAAUACUUACCUCAAUGGCAUUCUCUCAUGACAGGUAGUGAAGUGGGUAUGAAACUGCAACAAUGCCCACCAGGUUCCAUCACUGCCUUCUAUUUCAUUUGCUGUUGUUUCUCCUUCGUAACAGUUUUCUGUUUCACCCCUGUCAUUGCAGGUUUAUGA